AUGCAUUACAGGUCAAAGAUCUUUGAAAUAAACGUUCCACCUUCAGUACUAAAUGCUAGGGACCUUCCAAAUGCCACUGCACUUCUCACUGCUGCGUACAUAGUGUUCACGCUAAGCCUGUGGUGGGUUAAAUGGAGUUACCCCUCGUUGGAAGCCAAUGCCGAUGCUACCCGUGCUCCAGUUUUCUCUCCAAUCCUGCAACUCGUCCCAGCCCAGACUCUCUACGACCCUUGGUCGCUUGUGCUGUCAAAUCUAGUCGACGUCAAAUGGUGGAAGAUAGGCGUAGACUUGCUAAACCUGGUGGUUGGGGGCUCGUUCAUUGAGCGCAAUUGGAACAGCUCCUGGGAACUCGUACGCUUCCUGCUCGUGAUAGGGUCGGUCUCGAACUUAGUCGUGGUUCUAGUUACCAUCUUGUCCAGCGCCGUUUUUCCAAAAGUGCGGCUGGACACUCCCUUGGACGGAAACUACACUAUGCUUGUGGGGUUCUGUAUAGUUUACAAGCAGCUGAUUCCUGAGACAACCAUCUUCCACAUUCGAAACCUACCUCUAGUGUCCAAAAACUUUAGAUUCAAGCUGCUCCCGAUCUUUGUCCUAGUGGUUUCCACCGUCACUCAACUGAUGUUUCUUCGUCAUUUCUCAGAACUCCUUUCCAUAUGGGUUACAUUUCUGUGCUCCUGGGUCUACUUAAGGUUUUUUCAAGUCCUGCCUCCAGCAAUAACGGGCGCCGCGUCUAGGAGCUUAGUUGGCGACGCCUCUGACACGUUCCAGCUAAUCUACUUUUUCCCCGACAUCAUAAAGCCCUUUCUGAGCCCAAUAUUCAAUAUGUGCUACUGGGUCUUUUGUGUUAAGCUCCGCAUCAGGGAGCCUUUUAACGAGGAUGACGUUGACACAGGGAACUCACUUGCGGAGCAGCGCGGUGCCAAGGUAAUUACAAGCCAGGUCGAGGAAAGAAGAAGGAAACUGGCUCUGCAGGUUUUACAAGAAAGAGGCACUGUUUGA